AUGGCAUUGGGUGAAGAAAUUGAUCAAUUCGUCUCUCGUUUUAAAAAUGCAGAAUCAAAUCUAGAGACAAAAUGUAAUAUAUUAUCUGAGAGUUAUGAUAUUAUGGAAUUACUCGAGUCAUCCGAUGAUUAUGAUAAUUUUUUGAAAACAUUUAUUCCAUUACUUUUGGAAGAACUUAAAGUAAAUAAUAUUUCUUUCGAUGUUACUUCAUAUGAACAUAAAUUAAGGAACUCCAUCCUAGUCUUAUUAGAGAAGUGUAUUAUGAAUCAAGUUUUUGAACCAUAUGUUCAGCCUAUCUUAGAAGUUCUUUUAGAUAUUUUACCAAGAGAAAAUGAAGCAAAUGGGGUAUUUUGUAUUAAAAUAUUGACCGCCUUAUACAGGUCAUAUAAAAGCAGUUUACAAGAUAAAGUUGAAAGUUUAAUUCAAAUUAUUAUCCAAAUUUAUAAAAAUAUCCCUGAACUAAUGAGACAAAUAUUUGAAAUGAAUAUUGAAAGCUUAAAUUCAACUCUACCAAAUGUAGAUCUUAAGGAUGGAACAAAUCCUUUAACUUCUUCACAAGAUGAUUCUGAAAUAAAUGCCUUAUUGAUGGGAAAUCAAAUUGAUGAAAAUCUUUUAGAUGAUUACUCAAAUAAUGAAAAAAUCGAAAGUGCCCUCAAACAAGAAAAUGAGAAGCAAACAUCUACGCAACAGUUAACCGAUGAAACAAACUCUUCGAAAAUUCUGCGGUCUUCUCUACUUUCGUUCAAAACACUAUCAGAAUGCCCAAUUACAAUGGUAACAUUGUAUUCAUCAUAUAAACAGUUAAGUGGUACUUCAUUGCCACAGUUUGCUCCAUUAGUUAUUAACUUAUUAAACAUGCAAGUAGAACAACAGAAAGAUGCAAGAUUGUUAGCGGAAACACAGGGCAAGAAGUUCAUUUCAGUUUCACCAGAUAUCAAAAAUAGAGAAGCCUAUUGUGAGUUUAUUGUAGCUCAGAUAAAGGCCAUCUCAUUCCUAGCCUAUGUCUUUAUUAGAGGAUAUGCAUCUGAUUUUCUCCAAAAUUAUGUUAAUUACGUUCCUGAUUUGAUUAUUAGACUAUUACAAGACUGUCCUCCAGAAUUAUCAUCUGCAAGGAAAGAACUACUACAUGCUACAAGACAUAUUUUAUCAACAAAGUACAAAAAAUUAUUCUUACCUAAACUUGAAUUUUUAUUUGAUCAAGACGUUUUAAUUGGUAAAGGUUUCACGACAUAUGAAACAUUAAGGCCGUUAGCAUAUAGUACUGUUGCUGAUUUUAUUCACAAUGUAAGAACGGAAUUACUAUUAGAUGAUAUUGAAAAAACUAUUAAAUUAUACUCAUCAUACCUGUUGGAUCCUACUUUAGCUCUUACUGUUCAAAUUAUGAGUGCCAAACUUCUGUUAAACUUAGUGGAAAGAAUUUUAAAGUUAGGAAAAGAAAAACAGCAGGAAGCUCCCAGAGCCAAAAAAUUAUUAAUGACAAUAAUAGAUGCAUAUACUAAUAGAUGUAAAAUGUUGAAUCGACAGUUUGAUUCUAUCAUGUCAGAUCACGAAGCAUAUGAAAAGAAAAAGGCAGAAAAAACUUUAAAAUUCCAGAAAACCUUGGUACACGAUGAGGAAGAAUCAAAUAAAUUUAUAGAAGAUAUCUUAGAGAUUAAAAAUCCAAAUAAUUCAAAAACUCAAGAAGUUAAAAAGGCAGGGUUUGCGAUAAGUGAUGAUGACAAAGAAAAAUCUCAAGGCAUCCCACUAAACAGUGCUUCGUCUCCAGAUAACCAAAGUAAUCCAGAUGAAAACAGUAGCGUUGCAGGUAGUUUAACAUCAAAGAUAAAGUCUACCUCAGAAGGUUCAGAAAAGACGGAUUCAAAUGAAACUCCGAAUGAAUCUAAACACAAUAUUGCGAUUUUUGAAUUAAAAAAUUUCUAUCCAAUACUAAUCACACCAGUUCCCACAGGUGACCCAAUUAAGGAUGCAUUUUAUUUAUAUCGCACAUUAAUGUCCUUUUUAAAAACCAUUAUUCAUGACCUAAAAGUAUUUAACCCACCUCCUGAUGAUUACACCUUAAACCACCCAAAACUAUGGGCUUCAAUAUCAAGAGUAUUUUCUUAUGAAGAAGUUCUUGUUUUUAAAAAGUUGUUCCAUGAAUGUAUCUUGGGAUUACGAUUUUUUGCUAGCCAUGAUAAUAAAUCUACAGAAUUGAACAAAAAACAUUUUGAUAUUACAAUGCCAAGCUUACCAGUUUCAGCUACAAAAGAUGGAAGAGAGUUAAUGGACUACCUGGCUUUUAUGUUCAUGCAGAUGGACUCAUCCACAUUCAAUGAAAUUAUAGAAUCUGAGAUAGAUUUUAUGUAUGAAUCAAUGCUAAAUGACUCAGCUCUACUAUAUAUUGCUCAAUCGUUUCUAACGAGCGAAAUUACUUCGCCAAAUUUUGCAAGUAUCCUAUUAAGAUUUCUAGUCUCGAAAUUGAAACAACUAGGAAAUGUAAACCUCAACCAGUCAAAUAUUCUAAUCCGUCUUUUUAAGUUAUCUUUUAUGUCUGUCAAUCUUUUCCCAACAGUUAAUGAACUUGUAUUGCUUCCUCAUCUCAAUGACUUAAUUCUCAAUUCUCUAAAAUAUUCAACGACAGCUGACGAACCAUUGGUUUAUUUUUACUUGAUAAGAACAUUAUUCAGGAGCAUUGGUGGAGGGAGGUUCGAAAAUCUUUAUAGAUCCAUUAAACCGAUACUUCAUGUUCUUCUGGAAUCUUUGAAUCGUAUGAUGCUAACGGCCAGACUGCCCCAUGAAAGAGAACUAUAUGUAGAAUUAUGCAUAACAGUUCCUGUACGUUUAAGUGUUUUAGCCCCAUACCUUCCAUACCUAAUGAAACCCCUAGGAUUUGCCUUACAAGGAUAUCCUGACUUAAUCUCUCAAGGUUUAAGAACUUUAGAAUUAUGCAUCGACAAUCUUACUGCGGAAUAUUUUGAUCCUAUCAUUGAACCAGUUGUUGAGGGUGUAAUGAAAUCCCUAUUUGCUCUUUUAAAACCUCAGCCCUUUAAUCACACAAUUAGUCAUACAACUGCUAGAAUUUUAGGUAAACUUGGUGGCAGAAACCGGAAGUUCCUAAAAUACUCUUCUGAUUUGAAUGUCAAGAAUGAAUUAGAUGUUGAAUUGAACAGUUUAAUUAAGGUUAAUGGACUUAUAGAUCCACUCACAUUGUCCAUUACUCCAGGGAUUGAUUCUGCACUAAAUUUGUUAGAGGACUUUAAGACAGAUGUCUCCCUUAAAAAAGAUGCAUUUAAAUAUAUUAACUCUAUUCUACGAUUAAUGGUAAAAACUUCCAUUAACUUUCCUGAGAACUACUCUGCAAUUCUAGCCAGUGCGUUAAAAGAAAUUUCAAAGGAGAAGAUAGAAACAGAAGAUAAUUUUGAGAUGGAAAAGGAUAUUGUUAAAAGGGAUUUCUCUAAUCAAGAAAAAUUGUUCACCCGUCUUUUAGAAGCGAUCUUCCAUUCAACAUCAGUGCCUGAACUCCAGAGUGAAGCUACUGAAUUUAUUGAAAAAUUAUUAAAUCAUUUCUGUCUUUUACAAGUUAACAAUACAUUAAUUCAUAGAAGAAAUAAUGGAGGAAACUUUAAUAUUGAUUUGAAACAACCAGAGGUAAUGAUUAACCCCACUAUUUUAAUAGAAGCUAUAUCAUACUCGUUAUCUUCAUAUCAUUCAAGUGUCAGGGAAACUGGUAUAAUGGCAAUAAAGAAAAUUUUUAAGUUAAGUGAGCUUAUUUAUACGGAUGAACUGAUUUACAAAUAUUCAUUUAUUAAUGAUUUAUUAAGAUCAUUUAUUCAUUCGUGCUUUGAAGAAGAAUUCUACUAUAAGAGAGCCGGUAUUUUAGGUUUAAAAACAUUAAUUGAAGAUAUCUCUCUUCCUAUUUCAGUACUCAAAAUGUUCCAAUUUGAAUUAGUUGAUGCAUUCUUGUUUGUUUUGAAGGAUCUUCCUUCUGAGGCUCCUACUAAUAUCAAAAAUUUAUCAGAAAAGCUACUAUUACUUACUUUAAGGACCACCUGCAAGGAUAUGAAAGAAGAAGAUUUAUCUGAUAAAACUAUUCAAAUUACAUUUACAGAUAUCGUUUGUGAAUUAAGUAAUUCAAACUCAAAUGUCAGACUUGCCUGCCAACAGUGCUUACUGAUUAUUUCUGAGGAAACGAACAUUCCAAUAAUAAAAUUAAUGGACCAUUCGAAAAAUUUUUUACUAUCACCUAUUUUCGCUAAGCCUUUACGUGCAUUACCAUUUGCGAUGCAAAUUGGGAACAUGGACGCAAUCUAUUUCUGCUUGACCUUACCAAAUACAUUUUUGAAAUUCGAUGAUGAAUUAUUUAGACUUUUACAGGAAGCUAUCGUAUUAGCUGACGCAGAAGAUGAAUCCUUAUCAACGAUUCAAAAGGCUACUGAAUACAGAACGUCUGAACAAUUGAUUGAAUUACGUGUUACUUGCAUCAAAUUAUUAGCGCUGGCUCUAAAGAAUGAAGAAUUUGCGACUUCUCAACAAGGCAAUAUGAGAAUACGUAUCCUAGCAGUAUUUUUUAAAUCUAUGCUUAAGACCUCUCCAGAAAUUAUUCAGACGACUUAUCAGGCUUUAAAGGACGUUUUAGCCGAAAACUCUAGGUUACCAAAGGAAUUACUUCAAAAUGGACUAAAACCUAUGCUGAUGAAUCUCUCUGAUCAUCAAAAAUUAACUGUACCAGGCUUAGAUUCCCUCUCAAAACUUUUAGAAUUAUUAAUUGCUUAUUUUAAGGUUGAAAUUGGCCGUAAACUUUUAGAUCAUCUUACUGCUUGGUGCCGAAUUGAAGUCUUGGAUACCCUUUUUGGACAAGACAUUGAAGAUCAGACUCCAACAAAAAUUAUUGUUAGUAUAAUUAAUAUUUUCCACUUGUUACCUGCCCAAGCUGAUAUGUUCUUAAAUGAUUUAUUGUUGAAGGUAAUGCUACUAGAAAGAAAAUUGCGUUUACAACUAGAUUCUCCAUUUAGAACUCCCUUAGCUAAGUUUUUGAACAGGUUUAAUACUGCUGUUAUUACAUACUGCAAAAAGAGUAUGGCAUUAAGACAGUUGGUUAUUUUUAUGUGUAAUAUUAUUCAAAAACCAGAAGCUAAACAAUUAGCAGAUGACUUUAAUAAUGAAUUGGAUAAUUUUUACGAUUACUACAUGUUGAACAUUCCUACAAAUCAAGUCCGUGUUGUAAGCUUUUUUGCAAACAUGGUUGAUUUAGUAAAUACGCAAUUUAAGAUCAGAGGAGACGACUGGUUAAAAACAAAAAAAGACCUUGUUUUUAAGUUAAAAGACAUGAUGAAAUUAACUUUAACAACUAUCAAGGAAAAUACUUUUUGCAUUGAUAAUUUACAAUUAAGCCAUGCUAUUGAGAAAUAUGAACAACUCUAUAUCAGUUUCAUGAAUCUACAUCUUGAUGAUCGGUAUUUAUUAUUCGACUUCAUAAAUUUUGCUUAUUCUAAUGACACAUUGAUAUCUCCUGAUUUCCACUCUUUUAUCUACGAUAAUAUUAUAGCUGCGGAAUAUAUUACAUCUCAAAAUGAAUAUUUAACUAAUGCCGUCAACUACGUUCUUUCACAUCCAUGUGAUAAAUCUACAGUAUUUGUUUUACACAACAUUAUUAAUAAUACUUUACUCUACGUAGGUACUAAGAAUAACUCACUAGACGUGUAUUUUGUUAACAAUUCAAAACCUGAGUGGCUAUUAGUAAUUUCAAAAAGUAUUUGGAAGAAUUCUAUUGAAAGCAUUUUCCAUGAAAACUCAACUGAUAAUGAUGUUUUAAGAUUUGAACUUCUUCAAUUAACAUCUAUUUUAACCAAGUGGAAUUCUGAACUCCUAAAAGAUACUAAAAAGGAUAUUGUAAAAUUUACGUGGCAGUUCAUCAAAUCCGACGAUGUUUUAAUCAAACAGUCUGCCUACUUGGCAACAUCCUUAUUAAUCACAAAAUAUGAAUUCCCUAUUGAAGUUAUCACCCAGGUAUUUGUGGCAAUUCUUAGAUGUACUCAAGCUGAAGCACGCCACUUGGUGAAACAAUCAUUAGAUACUUUGGCACCUGUUAUCAACAAUAGAAUGGAAAAGGUCGGCAAUUCUAAAAAAUGGAUUAAGUGGAUCAAGAGAGUAAUGUUUGAAAAUAAUUCUUUACAAAAUAACACCCUAUAUCAAUUCAUUAUUAACCAUAAGGAUUUAUUUUAUGACUCCCGCGACUUAUUUAUUCCAAAUAUUAUUCACCAUAUGAAUAAACUGACACUAAUGAGUAACCCGACCACCGACCACCAUUUACUUGCUGUUGAUCUUGCCUCUUUGAUUUUAUAUUGGGAAGAAAAAUACCAGGAGACAGAGUAUCCAAAUGCUAAAGAUGAAGAUGGAGACAUUGUAAUGGCAGAAACUACUGACGGCGAAGCCACCACAUCUAUAGCAAAAGAGAAGGGCUUGAUACCCCACCCAAUUGUACCGAUGUAUCUCCGUGAAACUUGUAUAACAUUUUUAAUCAGAUUUGUUUGUGCUAGUAAUCACAGAGCAUCGGCCACUGAACUGGGCUUACGGUCAUUAAAUAUUCUAUCUACUCUGGUUUCGGAUAAAUAUUGGUCUAAUGUCCAUGUGAAGCUAAUUUAUUUUGAGAAAUUUUUGAAUCAUCAAGAUUUUGGCUCAGAAGCGAUUGUAUUUUAUUGUCUAAAUGCUCUAGAUGUAUUAUUUGUCUUUUUUAGAAAUAGAACAUCUGAUUGGAUUUUGGAAAAUUUAACAGCUAUCCAAAACUUACUAGACAAGUGCUUCAGAACUGAUCACCAAGACAUUCAAGGAGCUUUGCAAAAGGUAUUACUGAUUAUCUUAAAUGCAAUCAAGGUUAAGGGUAUUUCGAUUGAAUCCGAAGAAGAAACACCAUCCAAAACUUUUAUUCAAUAUCUAUCGUCUGUCAUAUCACAAGAUCUCCAGGGAAAUAACUCAAUAGCUGCUGGUGUUAAACUAUUAUGGUCAUUAUUCAUGGUAUUUCCGAAUAAUCUCGAUUCUUUACUAGGCGCUGCAAUGAGAACUUUUAGCAAACUAUGUAAAGAUCAUUUAAGCAUGGCUCAACCCAAAGAUGCUAUAACACUCGAAGAAGCACGAAUUACAACCAAAAUGCUCGAAAAAAUGCUUUUACUUCUAUCUGCAAAAAUAUCUGCUUUGGGAGAUUCAAGACGCCCAUUUUUAUCCACAGUUGCUCUUCUAAUUGAUCGUUCGAUGGACCAAAACUUUUUGCGUAAGAUUGUCUGUAUAUCCAGAAAAUGGGUGUUCAAUAACGAAAUAUUUCCUACAGUUAAGGAAAAGGCUGCAAUAUUAACAAAAAUGUUGGCAUUUGAGGUAAGAGGAGAACCUUCUCUAUCAUUCAUGUUCUAUGAGAUCAUCUUGGACUUAUUUGGUCAAAAUAACUUUGUAAAUAGUGAGAUAACUGUUAGAAUGGAACAACCAUUUUUAAUGGGUACUAGAGUUCAAGACACUUCAUUAAGAAAAAAAUUUAUGACAAUUUUAGAUAAUAGUCUUGAAAGGGAUAUCAAGGAAAGGUUAUACUAUAUCUUUAGGGAUCAAAAUUGGGAAUAUAUUACUGACUACCCAUGGCUAAAUCAAGCUUUGCAACUAUUAUAUGGUGCAUUUGACAAAAAUCAAUCAUUAUCAAUAGUUAACACAUUUAAAUUAUCAUCUCCAACAUUGCUUUCAGAGUUUUUAAAUGCUGAUAUAAUAGAUACGCAGGCUGAAGAAACUCCUUUAUCAGCCUUUGUGAAGGCACAUAUAUCCUCAGUGAACAUUGACUAUAAAGUAACCGUGACGGAUAUUACACAACCGCUUAUCUCAAUAUUUUACAACAACCCUGAAUGUAUUAGGAAAGCUUGGGUAAAUACAUUUCCUCAAGUAUAUACCUGCAUUCCCAAAAAUGAGAAAUACGGGUUUACGAGAUCAAUAAUUUCUUUAUUAUCCAAAAACUUUCAUGCAAAACAAACCUCCUCUAGAACUAACGUCAUUUCAAUUUUACUGGAUUCAAUUAGCUACAUAGAAGAUUUAGAACUGCCUCCGCACUUGAUAAAAUACUUAGCAAUAUCAUACAACGCAUGGUAUCAAUCAAUAAAUUUAUUAGAAUCUUCUCAGCUUAAUACAUCCAUUGAUAAUUCAAAAAUUAUGGAAGCUAAUGAAGAUGCAUUAUUGGAAUUAUAUGUGAAUUUACAAGAGGAAGAUAUGUUUUAUGGUUUAUGGAGAAGAAAAGCGAAAUAUACCGAAACAAAUGUUGCAUUAUCUUUCGAACAGAUCGGGUUAUAUGACAAGGCAUUACAGUUAUAUGAAGUAGCUCAAGUUAAAGCUAGAAGUGGCUCGCUUCCGUAUUCUGAUUCAGAAUAUGCUUUAUGGGAAGACAACUGGAUAUUAUGUGCGGAGAAAUUACAGCAUUGGGAUAUUCUAACCGAACUUGCAAAACAUGAAGGAUUUACAGACUUAUUAUUAGAGUGUGGCUGGAGAGUUGCAGAUUGGAAUGCCGAUCGUGAAGCUCUAGAACAAUCAGUUAAGAGUGUUAUGGAUGUGCCUACCCCUCGUAGACAAAUGUUUGAAACAUUUUUAGCUCUUCAGAAUUUUGCGGUGACUCGAAAGGGGGACCAAGAGGUGAGAAAACUUUGUGAUGAAGGUAUUCAACUGAGCUUACACAAAUGGUGUUCAUUGCCACAGAGGUUUACACCUGCACAUAAGUGGCUAUUACACGGGUUUCAACAAUAUAUCGAAUUUCUAGAAGCAACACAGAUGUAUAACAACCUUCAUACUACUACAAUUCAAAAUCUUGAUGGCAAAGCACAAGAGGUUAAACGUGUUCUUCAAUCUUGGCGUGAUCGUCUCCCAAAUAUAUGGGAUGAUGUUAAUAUGUGGAAUGAUCUUGUCACAUGGAGGCAACAUACCUUUCAAGUUAUUAACAAUUCAUAUCUUCCAUUGGUUCCAGCUUUACAACAAGGAAACAGCAGUAACAAUAUCAAUACACAUGCUUACCGAGGUUAUCAUGAAAUCGCUUGGGUUAUCAAUAGAUUUGCACAUGUAGCAAGAAGACAUAAUAUGCCAGAGGUCUGUAUAAGUCAACUAGCAAGAAUUUACACUUUACCUAAUAUUGAAAUUCAAGAAGCUUUCUUAAAACUACGUGAGCAAGCCAAAUGCCACUAUCAGAAUAUGAAUGAAUUAACAACAGGUUUGGACGUUAUUAGUAACACCAAUCUUGUAUACUUUGGAACAGUCCAGAAAGCUGAAUUUUUCACUCUGAAAGGGAUGUUUUUAUCUAAACUAAGAGCCUAUGACGAAGCUAACCAAGCCUUUGCAACUGCGGUACAAAUUGAUUUAAACCUUGCUAAGGCAUGGGCCCAAUGGGGUUUCUUUAAUGAUCGUCGACUAUCCGAUGAACCAAAUAAUAUUAGCUUCGCAAGUAACACCAUUAGCUGUUACCUACAGGCUGCAGGUCUAUAUAAAAAUUCUAAAACAAGAAGACUGCUGUGCAGAAUUUUAUGGUUGAUUAGCAUGGAUGAUGGUACGAAUGCAAUUGCUAACGCUUUUGAUUCUUUUAGAGGAGAAGUGCCAGUAUGGUAUUGGAUCACUUACAUACCUCAAUUGCUAACAUCACUAUCUCAUAAGGAAGCCAAUAUGGUUAGGCAGAUAUUGAUUAGAAUAGCAAAGACUUAUCCUCAAGCCUUGCACUUCCAACUACGAACCACCAAGGAGGAUUUUGCCGUGAUUCAAAGACAAACCAUGGCUGUUAUUGGUGAAAACAAUGAAAAUUCGGAACAAAAUAAUUCUAAGGCUAACUCUACUCGCCAACCUUGGGAACAUUUACAAGAAUUAAAUAAUAUAUUAAAGACUGCAUAUCCACUUCUUGCACUUUCUUUGGAAUCACUAGUAGCACAGAUCAAUGAUAAAUUCAAGACCAGCACCGAUGAAGAUUUAUUUAGAUUAAUCAAUGUUCUGCUAAUUGAUGCUACAUAUAAUUAUAAUCAUCUACCUCUACCUAGAGGUAACCCAGAUCUACCAUCAAAUACAGUGUCUAAUCUAAUUAGGUUUUCUGAAACUCUGCUAUCCCCCCAUAUUAGACCUAAAUUCAAUGUUGAUUUUAUUGAGGGUAAACCAAAUUUCGAAACAUAUAUUAAACGUUUAAGAUACUGGCGUAGACGUCUAGAGAAUAAGCUUGACAGACUACCUAAGAUUGAAUUUUUAGAAAAAUUAUGCCCUCAUUUGAGUAAUUUCCAUCACCAGAAAUUUGAAGAGAUUGAAAUUCCAGGUCAAUAUUUAUUAAACAAAGACAGCAAUGCACAUUUCAUCAGAAUUGCACGUUUCUUACCAAAAGUAACCUUCGUUAGAGGCACACACUCUUCUUAUAGAAGACUGUUAAUGCGUGGCCAUGAUGGUAGCAUGCAUGCAUUUGCUGUUCAAUAUCCUGCUGUACGCCAUUCUAGAAGAGAAGAGAGAAUGUUCCAAUUAUACAGAUUACUGAAUGAAUCGUUAUCUAAAUAUGUGGAAACUAGAAGAAGAAACAUUAACUUCACCUUACCAAUUGCUGUUCCACUAUCACCUCAGGUUCGUGUUAUGAAUGAUAGUGCUUCCUUCACUUCAUUACAUCAAAUCUACGACGAUUUCUGUUCCAAACAAGGAAUUGAUCCAUGUAACAUUCAAGAUUUUGUACAUGAACAGCUAAACGUAGCAUUUGAUAAAGCAUUGCCUCACCCUGAUUUAACUGUUGUCAAAGUAGAGAUAUUCAGCUCUAUUCAAUCUAUAUUUGUACCAAGCGGCGUAUUAAAAGACUACUUUUCUUCAUUUUAUACCCAUUUCGAAGAUUUUUGGUUAUUUAGAAAACAAUUUGCCUCUCAUUAUGGUACCUUUAUUUUUAUGACAUAUAUGAUGAUGAUUAAUAAUCGUACACCUCAUAAAAUCCAUAUUGAUGUGAACUCUGGUGAUGUUUUCACCUUAGAAAUGUUGCCUUCAAGAUAUCCUUACGAAAGAGUGAAACCAUUAAUUAAGAACCAAGAACUAAAACUAGCGCCAGAUGCACCUAUAUUCCAUAACAAUGAGCCUGUUCCAUUUAGAUUAACUCCAAACAUUCAAAAAUUAAUAGGUGACUCUGCCUUAGAAGGUAUUCUCUCCGUAGAUAUAUUUGCUAUAUCUCAGGCUCUAGUUGAGCCUGAUAAUGAAUUAAACACCUACUUAACUCUAUUUAUUAGAGAUGAAAUUAUAUCUUGGUUCAGUAAUUUGCAUCGCCCUAUAAUUGAAAAUCCUCAAUUGCGUGAAAUGGUUCAAAUAAAUGUAGACCUCAUUAUUAGAAAGGUUAUGCAAUUAGGCCACUUAAGUUCUACUCCUGCUGUUACUACACAAUUCAUUUUGGACUGUAUUAGCUCUGCUGUUAAUCCACGUAACCUCGCUAAGACAGAUGUUACUUAUAUUCCAUGGUUCUGA